AUGCGUAUAACAAGUCUUGAGGAAGGAUCUUGUUCAGGAGUAUUAAAGGAACAAAGAAAAAUAUAUAACCCAUUUAAUAGCAUUCAUGCGACAGCCCUUUGCACGUUUGCCGAGACGGUUGAAGGACUUGCUAUGCUUACUAAAUUAACAAAAAAUCAUAGGGCUAUUGUUACAAGAAUUAAUAUAGAGUAUCAUAAAAAAGCAAGAGGAAUAAUCACAGGUACUAGUACUUUUAAUCCUGAAGAAUUGAUUGGAACUCAAGAAUGCGAAACUAUUCUCAAAGAUCAAUCAUUGGAUAUUGUCGCAAAAGCGACCAUAUUUUGGAAUAUUC